AUGGCCAUGAUGAUUCGAAAAGCAUACAAACGUACAGAUUAUAAGUUUCCUUAUUCGCCGAAUUGUUUGAAUUUUAACGAAGAUAAUGAAGCUGUACAAAAGACUCUUGCAGUCGGAAAAUUAUUCGCAUCCGAUAAGUUUUGUGCAUUGAUGAAAACAAAACCUAUUAUAGGAGCUCGCAUGGCUCACGAUAUGUUCAACGAUCUAGGUGAUGACUUUCACCAGUCACGUGUAUUGGAUACAUUACUAUCAAAAUAUGGUACAUUAACAUCUGGAGCGCAACAGAGUGAAUGA